UCUCGCUCUUCGAGGACAUCAUUUGUAAACCUGCUGGGAAAGGAGGAGGGAGAGAGGGAGCAGGCGAGGAGUGGGCUAUUCACUCAUUGUUACGGCCUCGAGGAGCAGCGAAGACCCCUACACGUGAAUUAUCUUCCCGACAGAAAGAUCCUUUUGACAUCUACGCCUACUGCAGGGAUCCACUCUGAUCCAAAUCAUUGUUUAUAUUCUGUGUAUAAACACAGCAAUGUGGUGAGAAGUGGUCCAACACCCAACAUCAGGCCUCAUGCUCAGGUGAUGGAGCUCCUAUGACUCAAGAGGGUGAUGGAUACAGCCAGCUUCAGCCAUGGCGGCCAUCUUGGAUUAUACCCACGCACACAGACUGUCACUCUCUGAGACCAGGAAUAGGACCAGUCUCUCCCCUGACUGUCACUUACCUGUACCACUCGUGAUCUCUCUCUCUUGCACCGACCUUUGUGAAUGAGGCAGAUGAUUCGGCCUGCCCCUGUGCCCAGCCUGGGUCCCUCUUCACCCCUGCCCCUGCAUGCGGGGACCAUGGGGCUGCUGUGGGUGCUGUGUAUGUCCCUGCUGAUGGCUCCAGCGGUGGUGGUAGAGGCCAUCCCCAUGGAGUCUGCUGCUGGGAGCCACAGCAUGUUCACCUGUGAACCUAUCACCCUGCGCAUGUGUCAGGGGCUGCUCUAUAACUCCACCUUCAUGCCCAACCUCCUCAACCACUACGAUCAGCAGACCGCCGCGCUCGCCAUGGAGCCCUUCCACCCCAUGGUGAACCUGCAGUGUUCGUCAGAACUCAGGAUGUUCCUAUGUGCCCUCUACACUCCGGUGUGUACAGAAUACGGACGCAUGACACUGCCCUGCCGACGGCUGUGCCAGAGAGCCAAGAGAGACUGCUACAAACUCAUGGACAUGUUCGGAGUCACCUGGCCAGAAGAGAUGGACUGUAACAGGUUCCCAGACUGUGACGAGCCAUACCCUCGUCCUGUAGAUCUGCUGUCCAGCUCAGAUUCCACAGAGUUGCCCAUCUCUGUCCAGCGCGACUAUGGCUUCUGGUGCCCCCGCGAGCUCAAGAUCGACCCCGACCUGGGCUACACCUUCCUGGGUGUGAGGGACUGCUCGCCCCCCUGCCCCAACAUGUACUUCCAGCGGGACGAGCUGGUCUUUGCCCGCUACUUCAUCGGCGUGGUGUCUAUCGUAUGUCUCUCUGCAACCCUCUUCACCUUCCUCACCUUCCUCAUUGACGUGUCCAGGUUCCGCUACCCGGAGCGGCCAAUCAUCUUCUACGCCGUGUGCUACAUGAUGGUGUCCCUGGUCUUCUUCCUGGGCUUCCUAUUGGAAGACAGGGUGGCGUGCAACGCAGCGAGCCCCGGGCGCUUCCGGGCGUCCACCGUCACCCAGGGCUCCCAUAACAAGGUGUGCACUUUGCUUUUCAUGGUGCUCUACUUCUUCACCAUGGCUGGCAGUGUGUGGUGGGUCAUCCUCACCAUCACGUGGUUCCUGGCUGCCGUGCCUAAGUGGGGCAGCGAGGCCAUCGAGAAGAAGGCCCUGCUCUUCCAUGCAUGUGCCUGGGGCCUGCCCGGCUGUCUGACCGUCACUCUGCUGGCCAUGAACAAGAUAGAAGGGGAUAGUGUCAGCGGGGUGUGUUUCGUGGGGCUGUAUGACCGCACGGCGCUGAGAUGGUUCCUGCUGGUUCCGCUGGGCCUGGAUGUACUGGUGGGGGUGGCUUUACUGUUAGCGGGCAUCCUGGCAUUGAACCGCGUGCGUAUGGAGAUCCCUCUGGAGAAGGAGAAUCAAGACAAGCUGGUGAAGUUUAUGAUCCGUAUCGGGGUGUUCUCUGUGCUCUACCUGGUCCCUCUGCUGACGGUCAUAGCCUGCUACCUGUAUGAGAACAGCUAUAGGACUGUCUGGGAGACUACCUGGGUGCAGGAGCGCUGCAGAGAGUACCACAUCCCCUGUCCAUAUCAGGUCGAGCAGACCAGCAGACCAAACCUGUCCCUGUUCCUCAUAAAGUACCUGAUGAUGUUGGUAGUCGGGAUCCCUUCAGUGUUCUGGGUGGGCAGCAAGAAGACCUGCUUCGAAUGGGCCAGCUUCUUCCACGGACAUAGACGCAAAGAUAGCGUGGUCAACGAGAGCAGACAGGUACUCCAGGAGCCAGAUUUUGCUCAGCUGCUCCUGCGGGACCCCAACACCCCCAUCGUGAGGAAGUCCAGGGGGACGUCCACGCAGGGCACCUCCACCCACGCCUCCUCCACCCACCUGGCCAUGCUGGACGAGCCCCCCAGUGGGAGCACCAGCCGGGCAAGCAGCGUCCGCAGCGCCCGAAGCAAGAUGAGCAGCUUCCAUGGAAGUCUGCAUAGAUCCAGAGACAGCAGGUACACGGCAUGUAGUUUCCGUGGAGUUGACGAUCGCCUCCCCUAUGGCAGCAUGCCCCGCCUCAACGACCAAUCAGGGUCUAGACACUGCAGCACCAACCGGCUAGACAGCCUAUCAAAGCACGGCUCCACCCAGCGCCUGGAUAGCCAAUCACGGCACAGCAGCAUCAGGGACCUUAGCAACGUCACCCAGGCCAUUCAGAGCGCCCCCGGCAAUGGAAUCCACAGGGUCCUAGAGGAGGAUGGAGCCACGGCCUGAACUGAGAAUUCUAAACUCCUUUUCGCAAAACGAACCUUAGCCUCUACCCUAAAACCCAUGCCAACCUUUUAGCUAUACAAGAAGUGUCUAGGACAGGUGUCAAACUCAUUCCACAGAGGGCCGAGUGUCUGCGGGUUUUCACGCCGCCCUUGUACUUCAUUGAAUUAA